CGACAAACCAUCGGAUUACGCAAGUUUGAAAGUUAGGACUACGUCUGGAAGCCUAACAAAUGAUUGAGCUCCCCCUUUGCUCCGCACCUCAUGUAGUGUAAACUAGGCUUUGAAAUAUUGUCAAAAUCCGCAGUUUAAUAUGAUCUUUCUCGUGUCCACACAUUCAUUCUCCUUUGCGAUAUCCCCCACUUAUUACUGAUAAAACAUAGUGAUAUCGACGUCGUCAUAGUUCUGUAAACUCCAUUAUUUCAGCAAUUAUCCCUAACACCAGCUGUUAUCAUUCACGAUAUGCCGACGCAAGCUUACUUUGACCAGUAUCCAUCAUUUCCUAAUGAUGUACAGACUGCCGAGCUUCAGCGCGUUAGCUUCGUAAAAUUGCUGAACAAUGACGCAGCCGAGGCCAAGACUCUUUUCGAGGCUUGUCGGGCAUGGGGAUUCUUCGUUCUUGACUUCGCAGGAUGCGAAGAGGGUGAAUCCUUCAUCCAGUCGGCUGCGGACAUGUUCGAGCUCGAUAAGGAAGUCAACUCGAUUGAUGUCGAGGAACUCAUGAAAUAUGCUUACAAGCCUCCAUACUCCCUAUUCGGAUACAAAGAAGCUGGCAACCUCAAGAUCGAAGACGGUCGACCAGACCGUGUGGAGUUCUACAAUGUAGGGCGAGACGACAUAAUGGGAGUAUCUGCCCCGUUGUCUAAUCCACCUUGUAUCGAAAAGAGUAGACCGGCUCUAAAGAAUUACAUGGAGCAGGCCCAUUCGAUCGUGCGCUUGAUUUGUGCUACACUUGACUCUCAGCUCCAUCUCCCUCCCGGCACACUCGCAUCUCUACAGCCAUUAGAUAAACCAUCCGGGACUGCCUUACGUUUGCUGAGAUACCUACCCCAGCCUAGUACAGACCGUCGUACGUCUCUUCUCGGACACACGGACAUCGGCUCACUCACCAUCCUAUUCAACAUUACCGGCGGGCUGCAACUACUGUCCCCCGGCACGGAUCCGGCCGACGAGACUAACUGGCAUUACGUGAAGCCCGCUCCCGGUUGUGCCAUUGUCAAUCUUGGCGACGCCAUGGUCGAGUGGAGCGCAGGCGUGCUCCGAAGCAACAUGCAUCGCGUUACUUUCGCACCCGGCGCCCAAGGCCAGGUACCCCGCUACAGCCACGCCUACUUGGUCAGGCCCCAGGCCGAAGCUCCCAUGAAGAGACUCGCGGGAGGCGACAGUCUUAUCCCUGAGCUGGAGCAGGGUGAAGAGGAUAACACGAUGAACGCGAAGGAAUGGGAGGCGCACAAGGCUGUGGCUAUCAGACAGGGCAAGGACAACGCGAGGAGCAGGGGUGGGAGGGAGAUUAAGCUGAAGGGGGAGAAGAUUGCUGCUCCUGUAGUGGGUGAGGUUGGAACUUGAGUGAGCAGACUCAGAUGUAACUCGUUUGAAAAGCAGUUUGUAGUAUUGUGUAUGGGUUCAUUGCUUUAUUCCUGACCGGCUCGUAUACCGAAAAAGGGGUUAACCCCUUUUUCUUCAUAUGACAUUACUUAUAACAUAUGCGACACAUUCCCAACUAUCUUCAAAGAUCAAUACGAAUUCAGUAAUUUGUG